AUGACGAAAGAACCAAAAUCAAGCGGCGGCUUAAAGGGCUUGCUGCAGAGAACCGGAAAGUUUUUCUACACCACAGGUGUGUACGCUCGUGAUAAGGGCUCUACGGCAUUCAAAUGGGGAUAUCAAGUUGGAGGCCAGGUUGCCUUUGCCGUGGCGACUACGUCUAUGGUAAUGCUGAUGCCAUUACUUUUCGAAAUUGCUCGGGAGGGCCAGAUGCUAGAAUCAGAACGAGCGCAGGUCAAAGAUUACAAGGGCCGUGGGUAUUCGGAUCGGCAGCUGCAAGAGUUGGGUUUCAGCGAAGCCGCACUACAUACGCCGUCCGUCGCUUCUUUGAAUAAAAAGUAG